AUGGUGACAACAUUCAUCUAUAACCACACGUAUAUUGUGAGUCUCAUGAAAAAAUAUACUGGUGGUAGAGAUAUUGUUCGUCCUGGUCUUACCCGAUUUGCAACACAAUUUCUACAACUUCAAGCAAUUUAUGGUAAAGAAAAUAAAGGACAGGGAUAUGAAGCAAGAAAAAUCGUUAUGAGUAGAGACUUUUGGAGUAAGGCUAAUGACAUAUUGAAAGUAUUUGAGCCAUUUGUAAAAGUCUUGAGACUGGUUGAUGGUGAUGAGAAACCAACAAUGGGUUUCAUAUAUGACGCCAUUGAUCGAGCAAAACAAGCCAUUCAACAAAAUUCACGUUAUCAUUCCAAAUAUAAUGAUAUCAUUGACAAGCGUUGGAAAUUCAUGCAUUCUGACCUUCAUUCUGCUGGUUAUUUUCUUAAUCCACAAUUUCAAUAUGGAAUCGAUCAUGGAAAAGCUGUGUAUAAAGAAACAUUUAAUGGAACAAAAAAUGUAAUCACGAAGCUAGAAAGAAACAUGGAUGAUCAAAUCAAAGCUCUAAACCAACUAACACUUUUUAGAGAAAAGAGUGAAACAUUUGGUACGCCUAUAGCUCAAAAAUCUUGGUCUAAGAUGGAUGCAGUUAAAAUACAAGAAUACCAUGGUUCAUGCGCUCCUAAACUUCAACGUUUGGCUAUGAAAGUUGUCAGUCAAAUAACCUCUACGACAAAAUGUGAGAGGAAUUGGAGUACAUUUAGCUAUAUCCACACAAAGACAAGAAAUAGAUUGAAGUACAAAAAAUUGCAUAAGCUUGUCUUCACACAUGACAACAUGAAAUUGAGAAUGAGGGAUAAAUUAAGAAAGAGUCAGGAAGAAAUAGAAGCAAAGUUUGAUCUGAUAAAUCUUGACUAUAUAUUUCAAGAAGAUCCAUUAUCUCAUUGGAUAGACGAGAAGGAAAAUCCAUUAUUGGAUGGAGUUCAAAAUGAAGAAUGGUUGCGGAUAGUUGAUACAGAUGAUGAAAAUGUUGAUGAUAAUAGUGAAUCUAAUGAAAGUGGUGGUGGUUUAAGCCCACCAAGAGGUAAUAGUGGUGAUGGAGGUGGUAAUGAAGUGGCUAAUGAAGGUGAGAGAGGAAGUGAAGGCGGUGAAGAUGAAGGAGAAGAUGAUGAUCAAUUAGAACUUGAUCCAUAUCAUGAAAUACUACCAGGUUAUAGGCGUUAUAGGAACUUGAAUGAUAUGGUUCGGGCUGAUAACUCACUACUUGAGAUAAGAGGAAAUGUGUCACAAUCUGGAAGAAAGGUGAAAAGAAAACAAAAUGUUCCACUUGAAGAUUCUUCCUCUUCUAGUAUUGCUAAUAGUUUUAGUGAUUUUGGGAUUGGCGAUUCUUCACAAGGUAGUCAACAAUCUUAUCCACCUAUUUACCAAUAUCCAUAUUUCAACUCUAAUAACCAAUAUCCUAUUGAUCAAGCUCCUUCGUAG